GAGCAUCACCUGCCUUUCCUCCAGCUGUGCACAAUUUAUUGGUCUACUGCAGAGAUGGCCUUCUCUGGGUCAUUUAUGCAUGAUAGUGUGCACAAUCCUAUUCAGAAUAGUAUUCCUAGUGGUAGAAGGAUAGUUUGCCCCGGCGCUUAUUUUCACAAAUGAUGUGGACCAAAAAUUGACCAUUUUCUUUGCCAAUGUGUUUUCCAGAGAAGCAGCAAUUGCAGUUGCAGUUGAAGCUACAUGUGAUUUUAACUAUAUAUACGGUAAUGGCUGUUGUCAAGGAAACCUCUCUUGGAUGGCUACUUGAUCACAAUCUUCUCCUGAAUCGGUGGCAUGGAAGUGUGAAUCAGAAUGACGAACAUUCAAUUAAUGGUAUUAUGAACAGCACUGGAACACAUGAAAGUUCGAGUGGUACCGUAGGCUACGAAUCCGAUUCAAGAUUAUUUGCAAUCAACUCAGCUUUCCUCCGAAAAAAUCAACUUGGGAAGUGUAGCCAGCAAGCAAACGGUGAUCCUGCUGAGUUUAUGACUUGUCUGCGUGAAGUCCCGGUGGCUCGAGACCCUUCUUUAUAUGCAUUUGCGGACAGGAAAGGACAGGCAGAUAAUACUUGGGAUCCUGUCAGCAACUCUACUGUCUGUCGACUGUCAUCUUUGGUCGGUGACGAGGAAGUCAUAAACUCCACUGGGCUGGAGUCUAAGCAACAUGUUAACCUGGGCAUAGAUGUAGCAUCAGCUCAUGGCGGAUUGUGUCAGGAUAAAAAAAUGUGCUUACAAAAAGGAAAACUGCAUAAGAAGGCACGUCGCAAGAGGAAGGUGCCACUCAAUUCUGGGGAGGAAGCUGCACUGGAGUACCAUGACAAGAUUAAAGGUUUUUUAUUACAAGCGAUGGAACAGCUUAUGAAUUAUGUCAAAGGAAAUGAGUUCUCUCUCACCAGGGAAUCGUUGUAUCAUCAGCAAGAGGAAAGUGUUGUGCUAGUGCCCCAUAAGCAAGCAGAUUUCAACUCCAGAUCAGUUCAUGAGAAUGAUGUGGACCCAAAUGCUGAGGCCAGAGCAGCAGCCUUGAUCGAAGGCCCUCGGUCAAAACUUAUUGAUGCCUGUAGACUGACAAUGGAGAAAUUCCCGCAGAGAGUACAACAUUUUACUGGCAGUGACCUAGGUGCUCUACCAGCAGUGGUUGACUGCCUCGUGACAUACACAGGCACAAGACCAUGCUUGGCCUGGUGGCUAGGCAGUGAGUUUAUCAUUCCUGCAAACUCUUCAUUUCUUCUGUCUGACUUCAGUCGCUUGGAACCGCUUCUAUCACGCAGGAAGAAAUAUGAUUUGGUCGUGAUGGACCCACCGUGGGAAAACAAAUCAGUCAAGAGAAUGAAAACAUAUGGCACACUAACUGACUGGGAUCUCUACAAGAUACCAGUGUGUCGGCUCUGUGCCCCAGGAUCUCUGGUGGCCGUGUGGGUGACUAACAAGCAGAAACAAAUCAGGUUCGUAAAGGAAGAACUGUUUCUACAUUGGAAUGUGCAGUACAUUGCCACCUGGCACUGGCUAAAGGUGACAACCCAGGGAGAGCCUGUGUGUAAUAUAGAGUCUGAACACAAAAAACCAUAUGAACACCUCAUUAUUGGGAUAUGCACUUCACAAAACAGAGUGCGACACAGAAAAAUGCUUGCAGGGAAUGGUACUGGAAUAAGAAAAACAGAUAAUGGAAUGGAAGUUACUAAAUGUGACAUUGAAAUGGAGGUCAAUAGAAUAGGAGUGGCAGAGAGUGGAAUAGGAGGGACAGACGGCUCAAUAGGAGUGGGAGACACUGGAAUAGAAGUGACAGACAAUGGAAUAGGCAUGGCACACAGUGGAAUGGAAGUGGCACACAGUGGAAUAGAACUUGCAGACGCCAAUCGGAAAGCAGUAGACCAAGCAAUGAGGUUUCCAGACAGGUGUAGUGCACCAACAGGCAGCAGAACCAGAGACAAAUGUUCUCCCUGUGCAAACAUUCCGGAUCAUCAAGUACUAGUCAGUGUCCCUUGCAGCAUACACUCCAGGAAGCCUCCUCUCUCCGAAGUACUUAGGAAGUAUGUAGCGCCUGGUUCCCAGUGUCUUGAGAUGUUUGCGAGGAACCUGGUUCCAGGAUGGACUUGUUGGGGUAAUGAUGUACUGAAAUUUCAACACGUUGAUUAUUUCGUGAAAAAGCCUCUUGAGGUCAAGCAGGAUGACCAUGCCAGAAUUGAGGAAUCUACGAAAUCGUAGUGCAAGUCGUGAGUUCAAACUACAUACUGCUUGUCUGAAGCAUGGAUGUAGUUUUCAAGAAAAACUUCCCCCUACGUUGUGUCUUGUUGGUGGGUCCAUGUGGGCAUGCCUGCAAGCGUAGGCCUGCAGCCUAGGAGCAGAACACUAAUUCUGUGCACUCUACUUUGGAAGCACUGAGGGUGUGGAUUCAGUGUGAAAAGUCGGGCAUGCGUAACAUCAAUAUCUGCCUGUCCUUAUGCGACCAUGCUGGGAGCUGUUAGCAGGUGAUGCUCGCUAAGCAGGUAACAUGUGCAGCGGCUCACGGCCGAACACAGGUGCUGCGACAGGCGCGGGAGACAAGAGAGCAUCUGCCGAUGGGUUCACCUUGAUCAGUCGAGUGUGUCGACAGUGCGCUGCAGGGCAAGUCAAGUUGACCUGUCUGCCUACACAUGUUCUGCGUGGCUCAUCGCCCACCCAAACCCACACCUACUUUACGUGCGUUAAGGCGAACAAUACCUGGCAAUCCGGUUUCGUUGUACCUCCUAGCCCAGUGUGCAGGCAGACGGGCAGCAUUGCUUGCAGGUCAGCGCUGGAUGCUUGUGCUGUGCUGCAGUCUGUGAGCUCUCCACCUCGUAUGAUUAGCAAUGGCUGCAUAGGUGGGAACUACCGGAUAUCUAUUGGACCAACGGACAUGGAAGCGUUUAUGCAAUAAGUACAGACGACACACAUCGCAGACAUGCUCGAAAUCGAUGGACAUAAGCGUUACCUGCCGCCGCCGCCGGGGCGCGAGGGCGGGGGCACGCUGCCGCACCGGCCGCCAGGUGGCAGCGACUACUCGAACCGCGUGCGCGGCCACUCGGACGACAUGCACGAGUGGUCGAUCUACCGGCAGAACAUCAACGCCGGCUUCGUCGACAACGCGCUGCGCAACAAGCGCACGCGGCCAUACCCGUAUGGCGAGUUCCGCCUCGACCCGACCACCAUCUCGACGCUCAUCCACGCGCAGAAGGUCGACUCAAAGCUCGCCGUGUCGCGCGGCGACGGCGUCGACGCCGACAUGCUCAUAAACUUUGGGCUGCCGCGCCCCGGCGUCGGCCGCAGCCGCUACUACUCGACGGACGUGAUCCAGGGCGGUGGCGGGGGGAUGGAGGAGAGCAACCUGCGGCGCGCGCGCAGCCACCCGGAGAACGUCGUCGUCGGCGACGGCGCUCAGGGCCGCGUCGCGAGCUCGCAGUACGACGUGCGGCGCGGCGGCGGCGG